UAACAGUUUUAGGAGGUGUCGUGCAAUUACUUUAUGAAGAAUGGCAGGUUCAGCAGAAAUAUUCAGUUUUCUCGUUUUCAUCCAUAAGGCCAUCACAUGAAAAUGAGACUCAUGGUCCUCCACCUUUUGAGAAGUUGGAAAUUAGGGCAGCCUCACAUCCUUUUCCACAGAAAGAUUACUCUGGGUUUACCUCCAAGGGAAGUGUGCCUCUGACUGUGAAAACUGUUGAAGGUACUGAAAUCAACCCAACUAAUGGGCUGCAAACCACUGAUUUCAAAGCUAGUCACAUUGAUCAAGAUCUUAAAACCACUUCCCCCACCGUAAAAGAUGAGGAAAAGCCAAGUAGCUCUGAAACAAGGCCAAAGGAAGGUGUGACUUCAUUCUUUUCUUAAUUCAAAUUCAAUACAGCUAUAUGGAUGGUGCAAUUUAAUAUAUCGCUCUGUGAUUGCCUGUGCUGCCUGCAUGUAUGGGGGCAAUUUUCAUGUAGUGCAUGCACGCAUUGUUGUAAGGCUUAGAGAAAGGGCUGUUAUCAAUUCAGAUUCAGACAAUGUGCAACUUUCAUUUAUUCAUUUCAGAAUGUUUAAAUUUAACGUUCAUGCUGAUGGGUAAAUAAUUUUAUUGUGGCAAUUGCUGAGUGUGUGCCUGUUCAAAAUCAAUCUGCAAAUAAACGUGAUUGGCAUGCCAAGGGUCGGAGAAAUAGGGAAAAGGCAAAAGAAGAAGAGAUGUCAGUUUUCACUCUAGAUGAGUGGGAAAAGAGUAUGGCUGGGGCAAAGACUGUAGUGAAAAAUGAGCUUCCAGACACUAGUCGUGAUGAGGAUCUUGCAUGCCAACUUCAAAAUCAACUUGAUAUGGAAGAUCCCAAUGUCCACAUCUGCUCAUCUUGGGUAUUCUUGUUGCUCCUGUUAUUUGCUUUCAGUGUUUCAGGUUAUAUCUUUUUCUUUCAUGUCCACGUACAAAGAGGAAAACAAGAUAUGGGGGCAGAUGAUAUUAGAAUGAGUAUGUUUAAUUAUGAAAGAGAUGACGAUAGGGCGUGUGGAAUGGAACAUGGAGGCAGAGGAAGGGGAAGGGGAGAGGGAGGGCAAAAGGGAGGGGGAGAGGAAGACAUGGAUAACUUUCUUUGUUCCUCCUGUGUUGCUAUACCCUUUCUCUCUGUCAUACGCAUGUAUAUUUUCUUCUUUUGUCAGGUUUGAAGGAUGGUGAAUCUGAUCCACAACUUGCGACCUUAGUGGUUGUGCUUUCACUGAUUGAAUCAUUGAUAAGACCAUCCCUUUAUGUGGGAAAAUUGGCAAAUAGAAGAAAAGGAACAGAGUUUUGUUGGGAGGGAAAAAUAAAAGUGGUGUUGUUACCUGUCGAACUACAUGUUGGAGGAACAUUUGGUGGUUGCAAAGCCAAGGGACCUCUUAGACAGGUACCUAUAAUUUUUUUCCUGCUAAAGUUCGAGAAUUCAAAGCAGUUUUUUAUUAGUUGCUGGUGUACACUACAGUGCAGAGGUUUGGAAAAUGCUGGGCACAGUAUCUGAGCUGUUGACAUUGUGUCUUCUAUACAUGAUGCACAGAGCUGCCUCAUUGGUGUGAGCAUUCUUACAAAACGAAGGGGGACGUAUGCUUUGACCAACGCCCCAUUCGCCAAACAUUCCCGUAGCUUCGGUUGGAGCUACCAUGUAUAGAAGACAUAUCACUACUAGAAACAGCAUAUUUAGCCAUGGAUAAUUCCGUCGCUGACUAGUGGAAUUCUAUCACUAAAUCAUUUAGAGAUGGAAUUUGCCACGGAAAAUAUUUCAUCACAAAAACCCUCGUCGCUAAAUUUUACGACGGAACUUAGUAAGCUAUUUAGCGAUGGAAUGCGCGCCGGAAUAGGCGACGGAAAUUUUGUGAUAGAAACAUUUACGACAAAAUUUGUGACGGAAUAUUUCGUCACAAAUUAAAUUUAAAAAGUAAUGUUUAGCUUUGGCGACAGAAUAUUUUGUUGCUAAUUACCGACGGAAUAUUUCGUCCCGAAUUAGCCACGGAUAUCCCAUGGCUAAUUAGCAAUGGAAUAUUUCGUCGCAAUAUUAGCAAAGGAAUAUUCCGUGCCUAAUUCGCCUCA